GGCAACCCGCAAGACGGAAUCACACAGCACAUCUUGUCCCGCUUCUAAUUAUGCACGCCGUGAAGACGUUUUUGGGACCCCUGUCGCACGAGAGCUGGCACCAAUCAUGUUUGAGGAGUGACAUACCAUCUUCCCUCCCCUUCCCUCCAGCCGCUGCUCCCCUUCCAGUGCACUCCCCUUCCUGUGCACUCCCCUUCCUGUGCACAUUUUGACCAUUCUCACCGAUUUUCUUUUAUCCACUUCUCCCAACUCGGGCCCAAUGCUGCGCCGUCCGCCUGUCCGCCCCUUACGGUCCUGCACGAUCCCCCUCCGGAUUCCGAGGCGCAGGUUCGUCUCAGCCAGCACCACCACCCAGCACCACCCAGCACCACCCAGCACCACCACCCAGCACACAUCUACCCUUCAAACGACACCGUCUGUCCGCCACCAGCCCGACAUGGGCGACCUGAAUAACACCGAGGCAGCAAGGGCGCACCUGCAGCCCGUCACCGACCCCGCGUACCAGUUCCGCUCGUUUGCCAUCCGACCCGGCGAUGACGACCCGGCCGUGCGCCAGAAGUACCGCCCGUUCCUCCUCGACGACAUAAUAGCCAACUCGGACUGGGUGGCGAAGCUCGAGCUGGCCACGGUGGCGCACAUGGUCGACACGGAGCUGCUUGUGCAGGGACAGGACAGUCUACGCGUCCUCGUGCUCUAUGGGAGUCUCAGGGACCGGUCAUACUCGAAACUCGUCGCCUACGAAGCCGCGCGCAUGCUCUCCCGCCUCGGCAGCGACGUGCGCGUGUACGACCCGCUGGGCCUCCCGGUCAAGGAUGACCGGCAGCACGACCACGCCAAGGUGCGCGAGCUCAGCAGGUGGAGCGACGGCCGUGUCUGGGUGAGCCCGGAGCAGCACGGCAAUCUGACUGCCGUCUUCAAGAACCAGAUCGACUGGAUCCCGCUGUCGACGGCCGCGGUGCGGCCGACGCAGGGGCGCACGCUGGCAAUUGCGCAGGUCAGCGGCGGGUCGCAGUCGUUCAACGCGGUCAACUCGCUGCGCAUCCUCGGGCGCUGGAUGCGCAUGUUUGCCAUCCCCAACCAGAGCUCCAUCCACAAGGCGUGGACAUGCUUCACCGACGCCGACGAUCCCGUGGACGGCGGCAGCCGCUUCAAGCCGAGCUCUAAUAGAGACCGACUCGUGGAUUGCAUGGAGGAGUUUGCUAAGUACACUUACAACGAAGCUAAGUUGUAAAGACAUCGAGGUAGAGAAUAUCGGAAACUAGGCCGCCAUCAGUUGUCUCGAAAAAUGCUUUCAUGCUCUCCGGGUGGAAUACCUGGCUGUCAUCUAAUAGGUGCUUGACUCCCCAACCCAGCCAGUCCAUGACCAACUAGGGAAUGCGGCACGGCGUUUUGCUUCCGUGACUGUAUACCAUAAAAAGCCCCUUUGCAACGAGCCGCCCUUCACCAAAUCACUAGCUUCACUCUCUUCUGCUAGGUAUUCUUCAGAUUCCUGUCUUCUUUCCGUCUUGAGGACCAC